AUGAGCGCGCGGGCCGCCGCCUUCGCGUAUGUGCCGCCGGAGCCGAUGGCCACGAUGCCGUCCUCCUCCGGCGUGAUGACGUUGCCCUGCCCGUCGAUCUCGAGCGUCUCCUCGCGGCCGCAGACGAUCAGCGACGCCUCCAGCCGGCGCAGCGCGCGGUCGGUGCGCCAGUCCUUAGCCAGCUCCACCGCGGCGCGGGUGAGUUGGCCGGGGAACUCGCCAAUCUUGUUCUCCAGCUUCUCCAUCAACGCGAUGGCGUCAGCAGUGCUGCCCGCGAAACCGAUGACGACGUCGUCGUUGAUGCGGCGCAGCUUGCACGCGCUGGACUUCGCGACGAUGCGCUCACCGAGCGUCACCUGGCGGUCACCCAUGAGCACAACCGUGUCGCCCUUCCGCACAGCCAGGAUCGUGGUGUGCCGCGACUGGCAGCCCGCGAUGAAUGAGGUGUGCCGAGCUACACGACGAAGCAUGCUGUUGCCCUCGCUGCUGCUUCUGUAA